UCGGUUGCCGCCUUCUUACGCCUCUUAUCGCGAACGCUCGAUAUGCGAGCUGUCAUAUUCUCUCACUCACUGAACCCAAACACUAGGCUCCUUCAUAACAUUCUCACUCCUUGGCGCUGCAGCACGCAGUCUCCUUGAAAGAGCACCUUCUGCGACAGGGCCUUCGGUCAGGCAAAAGAUGUGGUCCAUCCUGGAGAAGAUCGGUCCGUGGCACAUCCCCGUGCUGCUCUUCUGCGCGAUGAGGGGCUUUCCAGCGGCGCAGUUCAUCAUGGGUCUCACCUUUAUGGCACCGGCUCAUCAAGACCACUGGUGUGCGCCACCUGCCCAAUUCGCCAACUUGUCCAGGGAACUGUGGUGGAACUACAGCAUUCCCUUUGAGCCCACGGAAGAAGGUUCGUUGGCAAGGAGUCGGUGUACAGUGUAUCAGCGGGAAGCAGACUUUAUAUUAUCCGAGCCUGUAGUUCCCGACAAUGGAACUUCGAUUCAAAAGGAGCCGUGCUCAGAGUGGGAGUAUGACACUUCUUUUCACUCAAGGACAGUCUUGAGCGAGUGGGACGUUGUCUGUCAGGAUGGCUGGAAGAUCGGAAUGUCUCAAUCUAUCUUAAUGUUUGGGUUUAUGGUCGGCAACUUCAUCUUCUCACAUCUGUCUGACUGGCGUGGACGGCGCCCAGCGUUAAUAGGAAGCACCCUCGUUGCAUUUGGCGCUGGCCUGGCAACUGUCUUCUCAACAUCCCUGACGAUGUUCAAUUUCUUCCGAUUCCUCGCCUCUCUCGGACAUGGGGGAAUCCAAAAUGUGUCCUAUACCCUCGGGAUCGAGAGCGUUGCCCCAAGACGUCGUGCUUUGGUGUCCAUGCUCCAGGAGACCGGUUGGAUCGUUGGACUGAUCCUUCUACCAGGUGUGGCGUACCUCAUCACUGACUGGACUUAUAUCCAGGUCGCAAUCACAUUGCCUUUGCUUCUGAUGCUGUUAAACGCUUAUUUCCUCGAGGAGUCACCGAGGUGGCUUCUCGUAACGGGCAAGAUGGAAGAGGCUGAGAAGGGGGUGCGGAAGAUAGUCGCGAAAAAUCGAGUAGACGUCAAGGAUCUCUCAAAAGUCAUCAUGAAGGCGAAAGAAAAAGCGGAAAUGGAAAAGAAACGUCAGAAGGCGACCAUUGUGGAUCUCUUCAGGUCAUGGAAGAUUGCUGUCAUCAGCUUCUCGACACACAUUCAGCUUGCUAUUGUGGUCCUCCUGUACUACAACUUAAUAUACAAGAUCGUGGAUUUCGGAGGAAAUCCCUUUCUCAACUUUUUCCUGGUGUCCCUGUUGGAGAUUCCAGUCAUGGUGGUCAACGUCCUACUCAUAAAUUUCAUGCGGAGGCAGCACAUUUACUACGCAUUGUACAUUCCAACCUGCAUCGUUUGCUUGGCACUCAUCUUCGUGCCGUCCAACCUCCUGUGGCUCCAACUGUCUCUUGUUAUGCUGGGGAAGCUGUGCGUCCACUGCGCCUACAGUACUCUAUGCGUGCACGUCACCGAAUGCUUCCCCACCGUCGUCAGGGCAGUGGCCCUAGGAAGUAGCCUCACGGCCAGCCGCUUCGGAGCCAUCGUAUCGCCAUUCUUCAAAGACAUCGGAAGGCUCACCUAUCCUUGGGUUCCGUCGGUACUCGACGCCAGCUGUGGCGUGACUGCCCUCUGUCUGUCAUUGCUCCUGCCAGAGACACACAAAGAGUUGUUGCCAGACACCUUUGCGGACACCAUGCGGCUGCGCAAAAAAUCUGAACCAAGAAUGAGACCUGAAGUGAUACCGAUGCAAGAAGAUAAAAGAUUAGAAGAAGAAGAUAGCAGAUCACCCUUGGCUGAAUGAUGAGCGCUGGGGAUAAUCGGCUUUACUGCUCGGCUGGUCCUGCAGACGCUGAAUUUACAAGUCCAGAGGAAGACCAUUUCCAGCGGAGGCAAAUUGGAGUGACGUUUUUGGUGCCGUAGAGCUUUCAAAAUUGGAAAGUGGGGCAUUUACACCUAAAAUUUCGCUGACUGCAUGUGGCAAUGUGGUGCAAUAUGGAAAGUGGCCUAUGAACAAAGAGAAUAAGCUUCCCAAAUUAUCAGCAUUUAAGAAGAAAGAACGAGAGAGAGCCCUUUAUAAGGAGAGUUUGGCCAUUGGGAGGAGCCUGUCGCAAAGCGCGCCAUUUGACGUCAAACGAUGGGCGGUGCCAAGGCCAGUGGCACCAUUUGGGAGCAGAGGUAAUCUCCCCGUGCUGCCGGGGCUCGGUUUUCAUCCCGGCCAAGUGGGCGGAGCGAUGAGGGCUCUGACGUCAUGGCGGCCGUCUAUCUCCGGACGGCAAAAGAUCACAGAACGGUAAAACUCUCGUCAUAAAUGGCUCUGGAAAGAGAAAGGCAAUGUCGCCACCAAAAAAUGCGGACCGUCACACGGGGCACGACGGGGACGAAUGUUAUAGAAGGGUGAUUUCACGUCCAGUCAAGGCAGCUUGGUCCGGUCGACCUCUCCGUUUUUUUUUUUUCGUUCCAAAAUAUAUAUUGAAGAGUAGUGGAAAGGAAGUACAUUGGCGAGGAAGUAGGUGAAAAUAUCUUAUAGUUGGUUUAAAAAAAUAAUUUUUGAGAAUGCCCAUUUCGAGCAGUGUGCUCCCUCACAAUUUUCAGACCUCGUAAAGUUGUUUGCGUUCAUGCUUGAACUGGUUCAUAUGAAUCGGUAACCCAAAUCGAAUUUUUCGGCUCAGGUUACGAUUUCGGUUAAUUGCUGAUGGUGAAUUGCGGUUACAUUCCGGUUACGGUUCUUGAAAAAAAAAUUGGGUUCCAAGCGGUCUUCAGUUUUGUUCCGGUUUCAGUUCCUGACCGCAUCAUACACGUUGCCGUGAUGGGGUUACUUUUGAAUGUCCGCAUUGAAACCUCGGCCACUUACGCUAUGUGAGCUUGUCACGAACAACAUGCGUGAGAAAAAAUGGACCACGUCACGAUUGGGCGAAUAUGGAAAAUACGCUAACGAAGUUGCGCGUUUUUGCCUUACCGCACCUCACAAAACGCGCGUCAGAAAGUAUGUCCGACAUUUUCCAACAACGUGUUUUAUAUGAAUUGAAAGAGCAUUUAAAGACGAACAUAACGAUAUACCCAUAUUAACCUUCUGUUAUUUAGAAGAAAAAAAAGCAGUUACGCGCCGAAAAAGUGCGAUUUUUUUUGCAAAUGAGGCGACUAGAACUUCUAAGACAGAGCAAACGGUACAGCAGCACAUGGGCAAUAAGUGUGGUAAAAAUUAACUGCACAGCAUUAAUGAUUACGAAGAUACGAGGCCUGAAACUUGGUCAUUCUUGAAGAUUAUUUUUUAAAAAACAACUAAAAGAUAUUUUCAGAAAUUUUCUCUGCCAAUGUACUUCCAAAGCAAUAGGCUUCAAUAUAUAUUGGAAUGAACAAAAAUCUGAGAGAUCGACCGGACCAUUCUGCCUGGCUCAUCGUGAAAUCACCGAGAAGCGUCCAACGAGAUAGUCAGGUGAGCUUAGCCACAAAAAGAAAAAAAAAGAAAGAAAGAGAAAGGAAUGAAGGAAGACUCACAGCAUCUGUCUAGGCAUCUCCGGGAAUGUCCAAGGGUUUUCAUUCGGUAUAUUACAGGAGUCCAGACAAUAUACAGUAAGCCCUCGCUAUAACGAAGCCACUUUAAUCAUCGCUUUUUACGAAGUUUAACGCAGUCUUAGUCGAGAUACAUGCGUUUCAUAACGGAGCAUUUUUUACAUAAACUGUCGGAUGAUGGAAGCAACCCAGAUUUCUUCACUUGCACCAGGGUUGGAAAGCUGUCAGGUACUCGUCGACGAGGAUUCCAUUGCUUGAGUACUUGAAUACUUUCACGGUGUUCCCGCCCGUUUCCGAGGCUAUACUCUCACUGGUUUUCUAAAACAUAUUCACUUUUGUCGAAUGUGGCAUGUAUUCCUCUGCUCCGGUCGACUUCUUCGCAACGAGGCCUUACUGCAUGUGAUUCAUUACGUGAUGCAUGCGUUGUACGGCGCGCUAGAAUAUUAAGAAGAAAAAAAAAGAGUUGCUUUUCGACAUGUCGUAGCUUACGAGAUAGGGAAAAGUCUAGCAACAGCUUCGGGAAUUUCCAUUGGUUCUCGUAAGCGCGUGACGCUCCCCGGGACAGCUUCUAUGGCGGAGAUGCCUGUCGUGAUGUCACAGCUGGAGAAGUUUCGGUUUCAUAGACCUGUAUUGCCCCCUGACGCCCUAUUUUUUUUCCCCAUUUGAGGUACUAUUCGUACUGUGUACGAUAUUAUGACACAUUCUCCCUGCGCUGUCAGUGUAUCCAUUAUAUUGUGAUGUACUGGAUGUACUGGAUGUACUGUGAUGUACUGGCAUCUAUCAUAUGUAUAACACUAAGCACACCUAGUGGUCUGUAUAAUUCUUAUCGAAAGUGUUUAGUAGUUGGAAUACUAGACACCGAUAUGGCAUCAAAGUUGUGUCGAAUGUUCUCAGUUUUAUUGAGGAUAUGGCUAUGAGCAAAAAUAAAGCACGUGAUGUGUGCGA